AGAAGGAAUGAAGUAGUUAUCUUACUACACAAGUUACUCAACUUCUCUAACUAAUUUGGUUACAAAGUUAGUUAGAAGUUGUUGUUAGUUAGCUGCUUAGAUUGGUUAGUUAGUUAGACUAGUUAGUUUAACAUUUUGCAAUAUAAAUAAGUGUAAGUGCAUUGUGUAAACUCAAGUUUUGUGUUAAUGCAAAUUCUCUUCUUCUUGCUUAAGGUUCACAUUGAGCCUAAGCUUUAGUAUAGAUUUUCCUUGUUCCUUCAACAAUGGUGAUUGAGUUUCUCUUUUCACAUGGUAUCAGGAGCAAUCUUCUUUGAAGCUCCACCAUUGUUACCUUUCUCUGCAUCUGCAUUUUCUUCACAAAACCUCCAUUUUUUCUCUCAAAAAUUGAUUCUUUCUUUCGUUCUUGAAUCUUGAUCAACAUGUCUGAAGCAAGUUCAUCAAGCAGCAUCAAUGGCGGCCAAGCUACUCUUCAGAACAAAGGAUAUCAGAAUGAUACCUUGAAUCCGUAUUUCAUGCAUCCAAAUGAGAAUCCGGGUAAUGUUCUUGUCACUCCUCUCUUAUCUGGACCCAAUUACCACACUUGGUCUCGUGCUAUGAUGGUUGCGUUGCGCUCUAAGCACAAGUUACAUUUCAUCAAUGGAGCUCUUCCACGCCCACUUGAUGAAGACAGAGAUUCAAUUGCUUGGGAUCGUUGUAAUACAAUGAUCAUGUCAUGGAUUAGCAAUUCAGUUGAUCCAGAAAUUUCUCAAAGUAUUCUUUGGAUGGAUACAGCCUCAGAAAUUUGGAAGGAACUCAAAGAUCGGUUCUACCAAGGUGAUGUAUUUCGUAUCUCAGAUAUUCAAGAAGAAAUUUACACAUUAAAGCAGGGUGAGUGUACAAUUUCUGCUUACUAUACCAAAAUGAAGAAAUUAUGGCAAGAAUUAGACAAUUUUCGUCCCAUCCCUGCUAAUUCUUGCACUGAUAAUUGUCCUGCUAUGGAUAAGAUGCGUGCUUAUAGGGAUAGUGACCAAGUUAUUCGUUUCUUAAAGGGUCUAAAUGAUCAAUACUCUGCUGUUAGGUCACAAAUCAUGUUAAUGGAACCUCUUCCUAAUAUUGGAAAAGUGUAUUCCUUACUUGUUCAACAAGAAAGGCAAUCUUUAAUUGUUUGCGAUGAAUCUAAACUUUUGGCUGCUUCUGGUUAUUCCAACAAUGGUUACCCUAAUUCUACUGCUCAAUCCAAUCCUGGUAGAGGAUUCAAUGCCCCGCGUGGCAGAGGAGGUCGUGGAGGCAAGCCUUCUUAUGGCAGAGGCAGAGGUAAAGGGAACAGAAUCUGCACUUAUUGUGGUUUAACAAAUCAUGUUGUAGAUCAAUGCUUUCAAAAGUAUGGAUUUCCUCCACAUAUGCAGCAAGGAGGUGCAGCCAACAACUGUUAUAAUAAUGACACUGAAGAGGAUUCCAAAUCUAAUGCUUGUGAUGAGGACAGUGGUGCUUUGAAUACAAGUAAGUUGAAUCUAACUCCUGAUCAGCACAAGGCUUUGUUGGCUCUUCUUCAAAACUCUAGCAAUAUGCAAUCUCAUAGUGUGAACCAUGUUAUCACCCAACCAUCUUCCAGUACAGGACACACUAUCCAGGAAGAUGAUUGGUGUAGCUGAAAUGAAUCAUGGAUUGUACACACUCAACACACCAUUCACUAGUCCUGUUACCUUGCAAUACAAGCAAUCUGCUACAAUUUCCCAGCUUUCUACCACAGUCUUAGAUAAUAAGUCAUCUAGGAGUUUAGAUAGCUAUUCUUCUAGAAUCAUAGAUAGAAAUAAUGAAUGUACUUUGUGGCACAUGAGAUUUGGCCACACCUCUUUUGAUAAACUUGUUGAAAUCAAUAAAAUGUUUCCCUUUGUUAAAAUUUCAAAGUCUGAUAUGCCUUGUGAUACUUGUUUCUUUGCAAAACAAAAAAGGUUACCUUUUCCUAACAGUUCACAUCAAUCUCAAAAUAUUUUUGAUCUUGUUCAUAUGGACAUAUGGGGGCCACUCUCCAUUCCAUCUAUGUCUGGUUAUAAAUAUUUUUUGACAGUCGUUGAUGACAAAAGUAGAUUCACUUGGGUCUAUAUGAUGAAAUUGAAGUCUGAAGCCUCCACUUUAGUUAAAAAUUUUGUUUCUAUGGCCCAGACUCAAUUCAAUGCAAAAAUCAAGUGUAUUAGA